GUCACCAUGCUUCGUGUUCUGACAGCGGCGUUAUUCGGGUUUCUACUCUGGGCCUGGCUGAGCCGGAACGGAUCACAAGCUAUGGUGAUCACAGGGGUGUGUGAGAUCGACUCAGAAUGCAUCAAAUGGAAAGGAGACGACUCGUGCUGCGCUUCCUGGGACACCCGCCAGGGGCUGGGCGUCUGUAAGCCCAUGGGCAAUAGAGGGCAGCCGUGUCAGAUGAGCAACGAGAUGCAGGGCCACCCGUCCGACAUCAAGCGGAGCUUCUGGAGAUGUCCGUGCGGCCCGGGCUUGCAAUGUGUCUACCUCAAGAAGGACCUGCCCUACGGCUUAUGCCUGUAAGAGAUGGAAGACAAAAUUUGUCUGCAUCAAACUGAGGACAGAAAGUCGAUGAUAGCACGUUGUGAACAUUUCAGGACAGCAGUUUCUUAAAACGGUUGCAUGUGCUAAGGUGUAGAGGUGCGAAAACAUCACGAUGGCAACAUUGUUAACAAAGCCAAAAUUUUACUCAAGGAAAACAAAUGGAAACGUGAUUGUGACGUAAGGGUGGGUGGUUAGUCAAAUGUGGAUUUGAUGUAUCU